AGGAAAAAAUUAGGUCGUCAUCAUCGAAUUUUCACAUUAUUCAAAAGUUUUUCGUGGCUUAAAAUGUGUGAAACGAUGGAAACUGACACAAAUUUCAAGCUGAACCACAAAGAAGAGGAUGGGAAUACAAUUUUACACUUAAUUGUGUCGACGAUGAACACAAAAUGCCUGAAAGCUAUUUUACGUUAUUCGAGGUUUUUGGAUUUUCGUGAGAAAAAUGACACGGGAAUGACUCCUUUAUGCUUUGCGUGCACUUUAAAAGAGAUUCCUCUUGAAAUUGUUUCAAGUUUAAUCGAAUUUGAUCCCGAAACCGUCGCUAUUCCCGAUAGCUUGGGUUUUACGCCUCUGCAUCAUGUCGUCAUCAAUCGUAGGUUGGAUUUGGUGACACUCCUCAUCGAACAUGGGGUCAGCGCGAAUACAGUUGACCUUCGGAAACGCACUCCGUUGCAUUAUUGCGCCUUAAAUUGCGAAACGGAGAUGAUUGAGGCCAUGAAUCAUCGCGACGUCGGCAGUAGUUUCGAUAAUUUGACAAAUUUGGAUGUCCUGCGAUACUUGUUGGAGACCGGAAAUGCUUGUGGCACGAUUCGUGACAAAUAUAACAAGACUCCGUUGGAUAUUGUGUGCAACUGUCUCGCUACCCAUAAUUUGUACAUCAGUUACGAGCAUCCGAUCGUGAAAUGUUUGGAGACAAUCGCUCCCUAUACUUACGACAAAGCGAUGAAUUAUGAUUUUAUCAAGAUUUUCGAACUUUUGUACACGGCAAUUCGCAGUUCGAGCAUUGAUUUGGCGGAAUUUUGCAUAAAUCGCUUCUACUGCGACCCGGAUUUGAAUGGAACGUAUUGUGCGAUGGUCCGGAGGUACGGAGAACUUUUGCGAGACGAAGGAAAUGGAAAUUUGUACCAACUUUGUAUCUUUUUGCACGAAGAUUACCAGAAAAAUCGCGAAAUUCUGCGACCUUUCAUUCAGGACAUCAACAAUUUGAAUUAUUGCUUCUUUACGCUCUCGCUGGACGAGAUGGUAGAAAGUGACGAAGCCGUCAAACUCACGCAAUUUUGCAUGAAAAUCCUCAAAUCCGAGGGAAUUGACUUUUCCCGCCCAUGGUUUCAAGAGGAACUCGGAAUAACGUUCGAUUUAUCGUUUCCCGAAUACACCCAAGUUCAAUUUCAUCGGAUUUUUAAGUUUUUCAACUACAUUUUCAACCUCGACACGAACAUCGACUUCAACCAACUCUCGCUGAAAUACGUCGACAACUGUUUCUGGUCGAUCCGGGCAGGCGUUCCCUCAUUUUAUGACAACCUUCUGUACUGCGAACUCUUUUUCGCCUUCUGCUCGGACACGCAAAUGCAUCAAAAAAUCGCCGAGGAAAUUUACAAGAUGGACGAGCAAUGGAACCAGAACGUCAUGAUCGAUUAUAAUCGCGUUCUGCAAAAUGUCGAGAGAUUUUUGAAUGUUUUUACGUACAACGAACUCGCGAAUUAUUGCAAUUUUUACUCGUAUUUCGACAUUGAUUACAAAGUUUAUUCGCUGAAGCAAAUGUGUCGACAUCAGAUAAGGCAAACGAUUGGAAAAGCAAAUUUUAGGCAGAGUGGACAAGAGUUCAUCGAACGGAUCAUGUCGCUGCCGAUUCCGAUGGUGCUGAAAAAAUAUCUGAGAUUUAUUGAUGUCAAUUUUGAUUAUUUGGAUUUUGAUGAAGAUGGAAGUUAAAAAAAAUUAGUGCGAAAAAAUUAAAUUAAUUGUAAAUAAAAUUGAAUUGAAUUG